GCCGCCCGGCGCGGGGCUGACGCGCCCCAGGCCCGCCGAGGCGGACGAGGCCUCCCUGGGGUUCCGAGACGGCGCCGGCGGCGCGGCACCAUCGGACGGAGCGGGCGGCGCGCAAGGGGAGCUGCCAGCCAGCAAGCUGAGGCGCACCGAGUAUCUCGGCGGCUUCGGCACCACCUCUGCGGACAAGUACCGCAAGGUUGAGAAGGUGGGCGUGGGAGCGUACGGCAGCGCUCCGCCUGCGCCCACGCUGAGCUGCAAGUUCUGGAUCCCGGCCAGAUCCUUCAUCACCUCCAUCGCGAUGCAGCCGCAGACCGCAGAUGGCUCCGCUUCCAUCGCCGCCAUGGGCGUCCCGAGCGCCCUCUUUGGGAUCUGCUUCGCAACGUCUUCCGCGAACUUGAUUCUCCGGGACCUGCACCUCCUCCGCGAUGCCUUCCAUGUGCUCGUCGGCCAAGUGGUUGCCCACGAAGUAUCUCAUGUCGACCCCGACUCGAUAGCAUCCGUCACCGACGUAUUGUUGUCGAUCUUCGCGGCCACAAUCUUCUUCAGCUUGGCCGCUUCGCGGUACCGCAGCCAGAGGUCCUUAUGCCUGUAA